CUCCACUAAAGGGCUUGAAUAGCAAACUGUAUAUGUAUUUCAAUGCCUCUCAGGAUAAAUACUUGAAAAUGACAAUGCUUGAUAAACAUACCGCAUGAUUUACUUUCUAGAGUCUAGAAUCUAGACCAAUCACUUUCAUGCUUAUCUAAUCCUUGUCAGUUUCUUGCCACGUAUUUGUUUGUUACGUUACCCCCUAGUUCAUAUAAGAUACAUGUUUUUAAUCUUUACACUCCAGUUAUAUUGAGUUAAUCAUAACAUAAUGGAGUCAUCAGCUUUUAGUAAAGUUUCGUUUAACGAUUUCAAAUGGCUGAAUGAACCAAAACAUUGGAAAGCUAACAAGGAAGUGCUUGAAUUUUCAACUGAUAACAAAACUGACUUUUGGCAGAAAACUUUUUACGGUUUCACUUUUAAUACUGGACAUUUAUAUGGAGUGGAAAUAAAAGAUGACUUCACUUUAGAGGUUUGCGUCGAAGCUAACUUCACAACGCUCUACGACCAAGCGGGUCUCAUGAUCUACAUAGAUGAGCACCAUUGGCUGAAGACCGGUAUUGAGUAUAACGACGGGCAGCCUAUGAUCGGCAGCGUGCUUACCAAUGAAGUUUCGGACUGGGCUACUGGCAUAUUUCCUGGCAACCCCAAUAAGUUUUACCUCCGCCUCACCCGCCUCCGCGACGCCGUGUGUGUCAAAUAUUCCAUAGACAACCAGACUUGGACUCUACUCAGGCUUUGCCCGUUCCCUUCAGCCAGCAAGUAUUUCGUUGGACCUAUGGCAUGCACGCCUCAGAGAGAAGGAUUGGAAGUUAAAUUUACUAAUUUAAGUAUUAGUAAACCAGCAGAUGAUAUUUUACAUUCAAAUUAAUUAAACAAAAAAUGACUCUUACAGUAAGAGUCUUACUGCAUAAAUCAAUUGAUAAGAGCUGAAGGAAAAAAUUGACUAUAAUUGUGUUAAAUUUUAUAAAAAUUUAAAGACUUGAAUAAAACAAUUAUUUUGAAAAA